UCUAGGGAGCGGCCGGAGGGCAGGCUAGGUGGGGGGCGGGCAGUGUGUCGUCAGGAGCUGGGCGGCCCCGCGGCGGCCGGGCCGCGUCUGCCUAGCCCGUCCCCUCCAGCCAAGCUCGGGCUCCUUCGCCCCAGCUCCGACGGUGAGCUCUCCCGGGGCAAGGUAGAGCCCCGCGAGCCCCGCCCCACUCCGCACACUUUCGCACCCGGGCAGAAGGGCCGCGGAAGGGGCCGCUCCGCCGGCUGGGUGAGGGCUGCGGCGUCCGGAGGAGGAAGCGUUGACAGCUGGAAUCGGCUGCUGCAAGGGUUUGCGCUAGUUCGCGGGAACUGCCGGAGGGCUGCACAAGACCCGGGUGUAAUGAUUUCAAGCCACAGGCCCGUCACAGCAAAGUGUGGAACCCAGUUAGACCUGACGCCUCAACGGCCCUGAACGACUUACUUCUGUAAAAUAUGUAAUUACUGUUGUUGCUGAUAUUAAAUAGUUAAGGUUUGCCCUCUGAAAAACAAACGCAAGAAGCUGUACUACCGGGCUCUGUUUGUGCUAUACCUUAAGAAGAGACAAAGGAUGGCCAAAGAGAAGGGGCUAAUCAGCCCAGAAGACUUUGCUCAGCUGCAGCAAUACAUGGAAUACUCCACCAAAAAGGUCAGUGAUGUUCUGAAGCUCUUUGAGGAUGGUGACAUGAACAGAUUUUGCCAAGAAGAUGUCAUUGGCUACGUGGGAUUUGAGAAUUUCCUGAAACUCUAUCUGGAAGUGGAUGAAGUCCCCCAUCACCUCUGCUGGUCUCUGUUUUGGUCCUUUCACGCUAGUCAAAGCUUAGAAAUGACUAAGUCAAGAGGCAAUGUGAUCUGCCUCAGUGAUGUCUCCUGCUACUUCUCCCUCCUGGAGGGCGGCCGGCCAGAAGACAAGCUAGAAUUCACCUUCAAGCUGUACGACUCGGAUAGAAACGGGAUCCUGGACAGCUCGGAAGUAGAAAGAAUUAUCCACCAGAUGAUUCGAGUGGCCGAAUAUCUAGACUGGGAUGUGUCCGAGCUGAGGCCGAUCCUCCAGGAGAUGAUGAAAGAGAUCGACUAUGAUGGCAGUGGCUCUGUCUCCCUAGCUGAGUGGGUCCGGGCUGGCGCCACCACUGUACCACUGCUUGUGCUUCUGGGGGUAGAUAUGACGCUGAGGGAUGAUGGGGUACACAUGUGGAGACCCAAGAGAUUCCCCAGACCAGUCUACUGCAACCUAUGCGAGCUGAGCAUUGGCCUUGGCAAACAGGGCCUGAGCUGUAACCUCUGUAAGUACACUGUUCAUGACCACUGUGCCAUGAAGGCCCAGCCUUGUGAAGUCAGCACCUAUGCCAAGUCUCGGAAAGACAUUGGUGUCCAGUCACAUGUGUGGGUUCGAGGAGGCUGUGAUUCUGGACGAUGUGACCGCUGCCAGAAAAAGAUCCGCAUCUACCACAGCCUCACAGGACUGCAUUGUGUGUGGUGCCACCUGGAGAUCCAUGACGACUGUCUGCAGGCUGUGGGGACCGAGUGUGACUGUGGGCCGCUCCGUGAUCAUAUCCUGCCUCCGUCUUCCAUUUAUCCCAGAGUUCUGGCAUCUGUACCAGAUCGCAAGCUGAAGACCGCAGAUGACGCAAGCCUGUCUACCAUUGAUGCUCUUCGGGUACAGAUUGACCCUGUUCCUAACACCCAUCCGCUUCUAGUCUUUGUCAAUCUUAAGAGUGGAGGGAAGCAGGGGCAGAGGGUGCUUUGGAAGUUCCAGUAUAUGCUAAACCCUCGGCAGGUGUACAACCUGAAAAAUGGUCCAGAGCAAGGGCUCAAAUUUUUCAGAGACGUUCCUCAAUUCCGGGUAUUGGUGUGUGGUGGAGACGGCACAGUAGGCUGGAUUCUAGAAAGCAUUGACAAAGCCAACUUUCCGGUUGUGCCUCCUGUUGCUGUGCUGCCCCUGGGCACUGGAAAUGAUCUGGCUCGUUGCCUAAGGUGGGGAAGAGGUUAUGAAGGUGAGAAUUUGGGAAAGAUCCUCAAGGACAUAGAGACGAGUAAGGUGGUAUAUCUCGACCGGUGGCUCCUGGAAGUAACACUCCAAGCAAACGAGAAGAGUGACCCCGUCCCCUCUCAGAUCAUCAAUAACUACUUCUCCAUUGGUGUGGAUGCUUCAAUCGCCCACCAGUUCCAUGUCAUGCGAGAGAAAUAUCCUGAGAAGUUCAACAGCAGAAUGAAAAACAAGUUGUGGUACUUGGAAUUUGCCACAUCUGAAACUAUCUUCUCAACAUGCAAAAAGCUGGAAGAGUCUUUAACAGUUGAGAUCUGUGGGAAGCCGCUGGAUCUCAGUGACCUUUCCCUAGAAGGCAUUGCAGUACUGAAUAUCCCAAGCACACACGGUGGCUCCAACCUCUGGGGUGAUAUCAGGAGACCUCAGGGGGAUACUUCUACUAUCAACCAGGCAUUAGGCAGUACGGCCAAAAUAAUUACAGACCCCGAUAUCCUGAAAACCUCGGUGCCAGACAUGAGUGACAAGCGGCUAGAAGUAGUAGGAAUAGAGGGUGCAAUUGAGAUGGGCCAGAUCUAUACCAAGCUCAAGAAUGCUGGACAUCGGCUGGCCAAGUGCUCCGAGAUUACAUUCCGGACCACAAAAACCCUCCCCAUGCAAAUUGAUGGGGAACCGUGGAUGCAAGCGCCCUGUACAAUCAAGAUCACCUAUAAGAACCAGAUGCCUAUGCUUAUGGGCCCAGCCCCCAACUCCAACAAUUUCUUUGGCUUUUGGAGCUGAGGAUACCCUCUGCCUUGAGCCCAUCUUGUUGUUUCUGGAGAUUUCCCUCUAUGCUCUGUACAUUGCUGCCACACCCUCCUGUCAGCCCAGAAGGAUGUUUCUUCAUUUCCACAGUAUUUAUUACCCUGUACCACCUCACUGUUCCCACAUGCUCACUCACACAGAACCAAAAACGCGUAACACUGAAAGUGCCUCAUCUAAUAAAGUACUUUUUCCA